AUGUCAUCCUCGUCGUUACGCGUGGGUGUAAUCGGCCCUGCAGGCUUCGGCGGAUCUUACCUCUGUGUCGAGCUAUUAAACCGAGGUCAUACCGUCUUUGGUAUAUCGCGUAACCCGGAGAAAUUGGGAAAGCAUCCGCGCUACGUUCCACGUCCCGUAGACAUCGAUCAGGUGUCUACAGAAGAGCUGGCAAAGCAAUUUGAGGGCAUCGAUGUACUGGUCAGCGAAUUUGGACCACACACAGCUGGUGCAGGGGCGUUGUUGUACAUGCCGUUCUUGGAAUCCGUUCGGAAGAUUCUCCUAGCGCACAAGAUAUGCCCAUCGUCUUACUUUCUCUUUGUCGGUGGCGCAGGCUCUCUUCACGUUCCUGGCACUAGUCUUCCGUGCGUCGACCAUCCUGACUUUUUUCUCGCCUACCGCCGGGCGAUUUCAACUUCUCUCGCACACAUAGCAUAUAUGGAGGAACGUCUGGGUAUCAUGGGUACCUCUCUGCGACGGUACCGCGAAGCCAGAUUAGCAGAGAGCUCUGCAAGAGCCACGGAAGAAGACAAAACUGUGAUCGCAGACUACGAGAAGCAGAUUCGCGUGAAAGACAACGCAUCGGAUUUCAUCAAAGCGGGACGGACGGCGUACAUGUUCUUUGAAGACCGCAAGACGUUUAAUUGGAGUUUUGUUUCGCCAUCUGCUUUGUAUCGUCCGGGAAAGAGAACUGGAAAGUAUGAGAUUAGUGUUGAUGAUAUGGUAUUGGUGGGCGCGCAGCAGGAAGGCAAAGACGUGUUCGAGGGAAGAUUGACCGGGAUAAGUGUUGCUGACAUGGCCAUUGCGAUCGCAGAUGAGAUUGAGCAAAGGAAGUUGGUUUGGAAACAUUGGAGUGCUUCGGGGGAUAUAAGUGAGGAUGUGCCUGCGCCGGCUUACGUAGGACUGGAUGCUGUGGAGGGCGGCAGUAGGUGA